AUGGCGUUUCUGGGGGCGGCCGCGUCGCCCUCGCAGCUGCUCGUGACGACAGGGUCUUUCCUGGCGUGGUUGCUCGUUCAGCAGUCGCUCGCUGGGCCGCUGCUGUCGCGGGUGUUCGGCCAGAGCCUGUGGACUAGCAGGACGGCAGAGGAGCGCCACGCAUGCGGGAUUUCGAUGACCUGCGGAUGUUACGGCGUGGCCGCAGUAUCGUUCGGACUGAUCGGGCUGCUGUAUCCCAGCCCAAGCGUCGAGGCCGAUCCGAUCUACGGAUAUUCGGACUUCGUCCAGUUCGCGGCCGCCCAUGGCGUGGGCUUCUUUCUGUGGAACAUAUUGGCGGAGAAUUCGCGCGCUUGGGGUGGUUGGGACAAGUUCGCGCAUCACGCUCUGUGCAUCGUUGCGCACCUCGUGAGCCAGCACCCAUUCUCGCCGAAGUGCCUGUGCAUGCUGAUGCUCUUCGAGUUCAGCACGCCCCCGCUGUGCGCGUUCAACGUUCUGCGAUGGCUUGGCUUGGAGGACACGCAGGCCUAUCGGAACUGCCGCGUCGCAUUCGCUGUGUUGUUCUUCGUGUUCCGAAUAGCCUUCGGGAUCCCAAUGACCGCUGCUUGGUACGCCGACAUGUAUACGCUAGCUGCGGACCCGCUACGGGAGGUGCACUCGAUGGCUGUGUUCAAUAUUAUGCUAAUCGUACCGAUUCCCUUCAUGUGUUUGCAACUGUGGUGGUUCCGGCUCAUCGCCAGGGCUGUGUUGAAGAAGGGCAAGAAGCAGGUCAAGUAA